CGUUUGACUAUCACUUUAAGUUUUCUCAUGCUUGUUAAUUGUUUCUUUCUCGCGAGGCAUGUGCAAGCAGGCAAGGUGUUAAGGUUAAUAAGGGUGGACAUGCAAAAUUCCUAUUUGUUAUAAAUACAUGUACAAAAUAUUCACAUUUAAUCUUGGAGAGAGUUAUAAAUACAAAUUGACACAAUAUAGAGACGCAUUUACGAGAUUACAAGUGCUAUAUGCGUUACUUGUUAAUUAGUGAACAAACCCAUCCAAGAAUGUCAGUCUUACUUCUAUUUUUCCUUACCAAAUUGGUAUGUUUUUUGAUCUUGAAGAAGUAUCUACCAAGGUGCAGCCUGAACACAUGCGAUCCCAACUUGAAUGUAAUAUGUAGUUGGCAUGCCUGUGAUCUGAUGAUCAUGUGAAAUACAUGUACAAACUAAAUUUGUCUAAAAAGCAUGAUCAUAGGGUAAUCACUUAGAAUGGUGAAGUUACUUUAAACUCUAAUGUGAUGUUCAUGUUCAGUACAUGGGAAGAGCUAUUUACCCUUUUCUUUUCAGUUUAUGAAUGUUGCAUCCCUAUCCUCAGUCAGUAGACACGAGACAUUUUAUAGUGGAACAUGAGUUUAUGUAGAAAUUCAUGCUUGUCACUGUGUUUUGAUACUAGCCUCAGGAUUUAUGGCCUUCUGCAAGCUGAGAACCAAUGUCUUGACUACAUUCCCUCUGUCAGGCUAAGUGAUGAGUCUGACAACAUGUCGUUGCCAAUUGGUUUUUUAUUUCAGUCGCUAUCUUGGGGAGGUAUCUGUUGGAUCUUCGAGGAAAAGAGGUUAACCCAAAAGCCUAUUUGAUUGCAAAGUAUUACUACAUGAUAUACAAGUAAGUUGCUUUAUAUCUGCAACAGUUGUCUCAUGUAACCUUCACAAAAUCCACCAUUCUGUUCUUUAUUUCUUCAUUUGUUAUUAGCAACCGUGGAAGAUUUUGACAAAGGCACUAUAAUAUCUCAAUUUAUAUUCUCUCAAUCUUCUAGUAAUUUGUGGAUGUUUAGUUUUAGGUUUUUUUUAUAUUAAUCUAUUAAAUCUUCAAUAAUUUGAAUGUCCCUCAAAUCAUUGAAAUUACUAUUUAGUCCCUCAAAUCCUAUUGGUUUUUUCAAAUUAAUCCCUCUGAUCACCUAUCAUCCAAUUUAAAGGGAAUAUUCCUUCUAAGUUAACCUUUUGUAGGGAGUUUCCCGUUAUAUCCCUCUAUUUAAGUGGGUUCAAACCCAAAACUUGGUACCUAAAUGGAUUUAAACCAUAAACCCAUUUCAUUUUAGCCCUAACCCAUUCUCUCAUUGUCUUCCCUAAACGGGUCAGUUCCUCUUGCGGAUACGGAUCCUUCCAAUUACGUGGUAAUUGAAGAGUGUCCAGUUAACCUGAUGCCUAAUUUUUUCAAGGGCUGAGAUGAACUCAUGUAGCAUUUCCACUAUAUUAUAACCGGUUUUCACAAUAGUGGUUUUAAGCCAAUAGUGGUUUUCAAGAUAAUAUUUAGAGUCCUUCGUAGCUUCAUCUCAGUCCUUGAAAUUGGAAUAGAGUGUAAGGAUUGGGGUAAUGGACACUCAAAUUACCACCUAAUUGGAAAGGAUCCCGAUCCUUCUCUUGCUUGCUGCUGCUCUUCUGUUUUUGUACUCAAAUUCACCAAAUUAAAUGGCAAAAAUUGGAAAUUGUAGCCUUGCAGGUUUGAGUUAAUGAUCAAGCAAUUAAACACGGGUAAAGACAUCUUUCUUCGGUACUUCCAUGCUUAAUUGUCAAAUUCUGUCCACAAUGGCUUGUGAAGGUUCACUAAAGCCCCAAAUUUCCACACCAUUCAAAUCAAUUUUCCAAGCAUUCGAACCCAAAUUUCUUAACCAAACAUCCAAAUGACAUUUCCCAGAAUCUCCAAAGCAUUCAUGAAAUGAACUUUCCUUAAAAACCUUCAUCCCAACAAGAUAGUAGAAUAGAGAAACAGAAGCAGAUAUCAAGGGAGGGAUUAAUCUUUUCAAAAAAAAAAAAUCUAGAUAAAACCUGCCUUUCUGACUAGCUCAAGAUUGGGAUUAGGAAGAUAUGUGGGGAGGGCUUGACUCAACUCAAUCUUAAGGGUAGUGUUGCAAUUGCCAUGUGCGGUUAACUAUUGACCAACCUGAGUUAAUAUAUUUGAUAGAAAAUCUAACAGAGGUGCUAAUUUAAAAGAACUAAUAGGAUUUGAGAAAAUUUGAAAGAUUUAAGGGGUGAAUAUAGGAAAACCUGCUAGUUCAUGUAGCUUUUUAGUUUUUAUCUAGUUCUGGAUAAGACUCAUUAUUUAUUGGUGGGGCCUCAUUUAGUUAAGAUUAACGUUAACCUUUGGAUUCAACUUAGGUUAAUUCCUUAACCUGUGAAUUUAAUUACCAAUGCCAAAAGCGUAGCUACAAGGAGGUCAACCUCUGUGAUAAAACUAACUGAAAUGGUUAAGUAUCGUAGAGAAGUUUCUAUCUUGUUCUUCUCUAUCUGUUUAGAGAAUAUUUAUCUUGUUCUUCUUUGUCUAUGCAGUGGACCCUCUUUAAUCACAUAAUCUUGUCCUGAGGUGGGUUGAAAACUCUAAAUAAGCUGCUCAUGUGCAUUGUAUGUAACAACAGUUUUACCAGAUUCUUUUUAUUUGUAUAAACCUUAAUUUCCUGCAUACGUUCAGGCAUGGGAAGAACUAAUUUACCAGAGUUUUUUUUUAUUUUAGAUAAAUGGAGACAUCAUGUUCCUAUUCCUCAGUCGUAACCACAUAGUAAACAUGAGAUAUCUUUUACUGUUUUUAGUCUCGUCCAUCUUCUGCUUCUCUCGUUCUGGUUCAGAAAUUGGAUUCCAGAUACGCUUUUCCCCCCUAAAAACUCACACUUAUCAUCACCAUAUUUUGAUCCUAGUCUCACUAUCCAUGACCUUCUUCAAGCCAAGAAACGACGGCUUGACUAUAUUCACUCCGUAAAACUAAAUAAUGUCACAUCACUGCCAAUUGGUUUUUAUUCCGGUUUCUAUCUGGCUGAGAUGUCUAUUGGAUCCUCUGAGGAAAAGAGGUACCUUGAACUUGAGAUGGGUAGCCACUUAGUAUGGCUGGAGGGUGAUGUGUGUGAAAAUUGCAGUAGCAGAAAAAGUCUCGGAUUCAAUGCCAACAAUUCUGAGGGUGAUGUGUGUGAAAAUUGCAGUAGCAGAAAAAGUCUCGGAUUCAAUGCCAACAAUUCUGCCACUUACAGAUUUUUGAACUGUGAUCAUCCUCUAUGUGAAAAAAUGCAUAUUUUUGUGAUUCAGACAUCGAAACAUGUAGAUUCCGGUAUACUUAUGCAUAUAGAAAUUCUGCAGCAGGAUUCAUGGGAGUUGAUCAUUUUCAUUUCUCAACUGAUUACACAUUGGAUUUUGUAUUUGGUUGCGCUGAGCAGGAUAGUAGGGAUGGCGAGUCUGUUGCUAAUGGAAUUUAGGUCUAGGACUAGACGAGGAACCCUUCACAUCUCAAGCUAAGGUAGAUAAAUUCUCAUACUGCAUACCUCAAUCAUCGGAACACACUGAAUCCUAUCAUGAGAUGUUGUUUGGAUCUGUAGCUAACAUUGUAGGUAAGUCAACUCCAUUCAUAAUAGAGCAAGGUGUCUAUUUCCUCAAAUUGGUGGGAAUUAGUUUCCUAUCAACUAUGUUUAACAUUACUCCCAUCAAUAAAGUGGGAUAUAUGGACAUGGUACUAGAUUCAGAGAGUGGAGCAAUUUGGCUACCUCUGACUGCAUACAGCCUGUUAUUAAUGGCAUUGAAAGAUACACUUCAUACAAGGAAUGCAUAUGAAAAUUGUUAUUUUGAGAGGAUGGAAGACUUCAACUGGAUGAGCAUUACCUUUCAAUUUUAAUUCCAAUGUUAUCUCUAGUGACUAGUGAGUAACAACGUAAUGAACUAAGCUCCUCACAACGUUGUAAAGUUUUUGCAUUUUCAGGGAAAGAAAAUAUUUAUUGAAGUUCACUUGAGUGCAUAUAUCUAUAAACUUAUGCAUAAAUAGUGUUAGAGGAUAAAUGUAAUUCCUUCUUCUCCGACUAAAACUUCGGAGAGUUUUGAUGUCGUGACUGAGACUUUGACCUGGUAUCAUAGUCAUUCAGCUUCAGGAAUUUAUUUAUUUAUUAAUAUCUACGUGCUUUAUAUGUUAAUACCCUCUAAUCUUGGUCUUUUAUAGCUCAAAUUAUUCAUUCGUUUCCUUAGGUUAACCCAAAAACCUUUUUGAUUCCAAAGUAUGGCUAUAUGAUACACAAGUAAGUUGUUUUGUACCUAGUAGCUACACAAGUUGUCUCAUAUCACCUUCAUCAAAGCAACCGUUCUCGUUUUAUUUUCAUAUAUUUCUUCAUUUUUUAUUAGUUAUCAGAGGAAAAUGUGCCAAACAUACACUAACAUGUCACUUUAUUUUCUCUCUCAUCUUAUAAUAAUUUGUUGCCUGUUUAGUUCCAUAUGCCUUUCUAUGGAGCUCUGUAUAGACUCACUAUCUAUUAGCGGGGCCUCAAUUCCUAAUGUUUAGUUGUAUGUUUUGUUUUGAUUAAGGGUAUCUCUCUACACAAUAGUAUAAACACAUUUACAAGAUUAUAUACACGCGUUUACAAUAUUAUACUGGAUAAUUCUUUAAUUUAGUAGCGAAUCCAUUCAAGUUUCAGUUUUUUUAUAUGUCCUUAUAACAUUGUUAUAUCUUUUAAACCUAAAGAAAUAUGUAACAAGGUGCAGCUAUACUGAGCAUGUGCCCUAGUAAGUUGAAUCUUAACUAGAAUGCAGUAGGCAGGCAAUGAAUUGCUGCUCGUGUUAAGUAUAUGUACAAUCUAAAUUAGUCUGGAAAGUAGAUCAAAGGGUAAAACGCAACAUAUGCUUGUCAUAAGCGUAUCUACAACGAGCUGAACCUCCGUGAUUAACCCAACUAAAAGGGUUAGUAUAGGUAGAGAAUUUCUUAUCUUUGCAUCUUUGUCUGUUUACGAGGACUCUCUUUAAUCAAAUAAGCUCAUUUCUCUGGUUUGUUGAAAACUCUAAAUAGGCUUUUCAUGUGCAUGGCAUGAAAGGAACAACUUUACCAGAUUCUUUUGAUUUGCUUAAACCUUAAUUUCCUGCUCAUGUUCAGGGCAUGAAAAGAGCUGAUGUGUGAGAUUUUUUUUCAUUAUAUAAAUGGUAUGGUAACAAAACAUUGCAUCCCUAUCCUCAGUCCUAUCCACAUAGUAGUCAUGAGACAUCUUUUAGUGCUUUUAAUCACAUCCUUGUUCAUCUCUCAUUCUGAUUCAGAAAUUGGAUUCCAAAUUCGCGUUUUACCUAAAAGCUCACACUUAUCGCCGUAUUUUGAUCCGAGCCUCACUAUCCUUGACCUUCUUCGAGCUGAGAAACGACGGCUUGAGUAUAUUCACUCCGCAAAACUAAAUAAUGACACAUCACUGCCAAUUGGUUUUUAUUCCGGUCUCUAUCUUGGGGAGAUAUCUGUUGGAUCCUCUGAGCAAAAGACGUAUCUUGAACUUGACACUGGUAGUCAUUUAAUAUGGUUUGAUGGUGAUGAGUGUGAAAAUUGUGGUAGCAGGAAAAGUCUUGGAUUCAAUCCUGAUAAUUCCGCCACUUACAAAUUUUUAAAGUGUGAUCACCCUAUUUGUCAAAAAGAUGCAUACUACUGUGAUCCAGACACUGAAACAUGCAGAUUCCGGUCUACUUAUGAGGAUGGAAGCUUUUCAACAGGAUUCAUGGGAAUCGACAAUUUUCAUGUCUCAGAUCACUACAUGGUUGAUGUUGUAUUUGGUUGUGCUGACCAGGAUUUUAGAAAUGGUGCAUCUGUUGCUGAUGGCAUUUUAGGUCUAGGAUUAGGUGAAGAAUCCUUCACAUCUCAAGCUAAGGUAGAUAGAUUCUCAUACUGCAUGCCUCCAGAACCACCAAAAGAUGCCGAAUCCUACAGCAAGAUGUUGUUUGGAUCUUUAGCCAACAUUGUAGGCGAGACAACACCAUUUCUUUUAGAUGAUGGUCUCUAUAACCUCAAAUUGGUGGGAGUUAGUUUCAUAUCGACUAAAUUAAACAUUUCUUCCCUUAUUGAUGAUGGGUAUAUGAACAUGACAUUAGAUACAGGGACAAUGUCAAUUUGGCUAGAUCCCCCUGCCUAUGAGCCAUUAGCAAUGGCAUUGAAUGAUGCACUUGAUUCAAGGCACUUAUAUGGAAAUUGUUACCAUGGGACAAUGGAAGAUUUUAAUUGGAUUAACAUCACCUUUCAAUUUUAUGGCGGGGUUGAUGUCAACGUGCCUGCUUCCGGUAUUUUCUUUGAAGAUGACGGCAAAUAUUGUGCAUAUAUAUUUCAAAAUGAGUACGAACCAUCUAUUUUGGGCAUGCAAGCUCAAAUGAACUACAAUGUCGGAUAUGAUUUGGCCAACAAGCAGAUUUCAUUCCUUGCCACUGAUUGUACUGACCCAAACUUUUCCUAACUGCUCUUAGUGCAUUUAAUCUCUUAGCCUUUUGUUUUUCGUA